AUGGGACAAGGCCUCAAAGCCUGGCCACGCUACCGGAUCAUCGGGGCGACGGAUUCCGGCCAGUUCAAUCUGGAGAUCACCGACGCAGCUCUCUCCGACGAUGCCUUAUACGAAUGCCAGGCCACAGAGGCUGCCCUGCGAUCACGGCGUGCCAAGCUAACAGUCCUCAAUCCUCCAACAGUGACGCUGUCCAUUCAGCCACAGACGGUGCAGGAAGGAGAAAGAGUCACCUUUACCUGCUUGGCCAACGCCAAUCCAGAGAUCAAAGGCUACAGGUGGGCCAAAGGUGGAACGAUUAUUGAGGAUGCCAAGGAGAGCAAAUACGAGACGCAGGUGGAUUACACCUUCUUCACAGAGCCUGUCUCUUGUGAAGUGCGCAACGACGUGGGCAGCACCAACGUCAGCACCCUGGUGGACGUCCAUUUCGCUCCUCGCAUCGUGGUGGAUCCAAAGCCCCUGACCACCGAUAUUGGCUCAGAUGUCACCUUGACCUGUGUAUGGACCGGGAAUCCUCCACUGACCCUCACCUGGGCCAAGAAGGAAUCCAACAUGAUACUCGGCAACAGCAACCAGUUGUACCUAAAGUCUGUCACGCAGGAAGACGCGGGGCUGUACAUCUGCAAGGCCAUCGUGCCACGGAUCGGGGUGGGCGAGCGCGAAGUGUCCCUCAUUGUCAAUGGUCCGCCGAUCAUCUCCAGCCAUUCCAUCCAGUACGCUGUGCGGGGUGACCGAGGAAAAGUGGAAUGCUUCAUUGGGAGCACGCCCCUCCCCGACCGAAUCGCCUGGGGCUGGAAGGAGAACAUCUUGGAGAAGGGGACCUUGGAGCGCUACACCGUCGAGCGGAGCAACACGGGUGACGGGGUGCUGUCCACCCUCACCAUCAACAAUGUGAUGGAGGUGGAUUUCCAGACGCGCUACAACUGCACCGCCUGGAAUGCCUUCGGUCCGCGGACAGCCAUCAUUCAGCUGGAGGAGAAAGAGGUUCUGCCAGUGGGCAUAAUUGCUGGUGCCACCAUUGGAGCGGGUAUUUUGCUCAUCUUCUGCUUCAUCGCGCUGGGCUGUUUCCUGUACCGACGUCGCAAAGGGAGCCGAAAAGACGUGACCCUGCGUAAGCUGGACAUCAAGGUGGAGACGGUGAACCGGGAACCCCUGACGCUGCACACAGACCGCGAGGAGGACACGGCCAGCGUCUCCACCGCAACGCGGGUUAUGAAGGCCAUUUACUCGUCCUUCAAGGAUGACGUGGACCUGAAGCAGGACUUGCGUUGUGACACGGUGGACACGCGGGAAGAAUACGAGCUGAAGGAUCCCACCAAUGGCUACUAUAAUGUUCGUGCCCACGAGGACAGGCCGUCUUCCCGCACGGUGCUCUACACAGACUACCGCGCCCCUGGCCCGGCUCGCUACGAUGGGCGGCCGUCGUCACGCCUCUCCCAUUCCAGUGGCUACGCUCAACUCAGCAGCUAUGGCCGCGGCCCUGCCUCUGACUACAGUGGAGACCCAGUCCCGGGGCCCACACCGGGCACGGCCGCUGCUGACACGGCCAGCCAGCUGUCGUACGAAAACUAUGGGGGUCAUUCGGGCUUCCCCCCAAGUGCCAGCUAUGCCACCUACCGCCUAGGCUACAGCCAGCCUCCACCGCCCACCCUGGACCGGGCAGCCUAUGACACAUACGACCCCCUGGGAAAGUACACCGCAUCGACCCGCUUUUCGUACACCUCCUCAGACUACGGGCAGCGUUUCCAGCAGCGCAUGCAGACUCACGUCUGA